GAUAGAUCGAAUCGUUUGCGCACAUAUGCUAUUUACAAAUUCCGUGUAACACUGCCAGUUUGGGAGAAGUAGCUAACUUUAGUGGAAUUUCGUUUAGCCACCGUGGCUGCCUGGACAUCUAUAGAUCAGGUUUGAGGAUAUGGCGGCGACAGAGACAAGCUCAAGUCCAGUACCGACUGCGGAGUCCCUAGUGCCCGCUUGCAUGUUCGCGCCGGACCGAGGAUGUGAAGAAGACGUAACUGGUACAGAGAGCUGUGAGGACGGGGAGAGAUUAAAUGGCGAGGCCGUGGAUCACUUAGACUUUACUAGUAAGUUGGUGCUGGUCAGCCCCACAGGAGAGCAGUUUGACUCGUUACUGCGGCAGCUCAGGGUGCGGAUGGAGGAGGGCUGCGGGGAGACCAUCUACGUGCUGGGGGUCGGCUCAGACGGGGGCGAUUAUGGGCUGGACGAGCGGGACAUGGAAGCGUCGGUUGCCACGGUGCAGUCGCUGAGCGAGCAGAUUGACGCGGACCUCGUCCUGCUGCGUGAGCGGAGCGAGGCGGCGGGUCUCGUGCGCGACUACCUCAUCCGCCGCCGGCUCGACGAGGCAGACUUCCUGGAGGUCAGGGUGGCGGUGGUGGGGAACGUGGACGCCGGUAAGAGCACUCUCCUGGGCGUGCUGACGCACGGGGAGCUGGAUAACGGCCGCGGCUUCGCCCGGCAGAAGCUCUUCCGGCACAAGCACGAGAUGGAGAGCGGGAGGACCAGCAGCGUGGGCAACGACAUCCUGGGCUUCGACCGCGAGGGCCAGGUGGUCAACAAGCCCGACAGCCACGGGGGCAGUCUGGACUGGACCAAGAUCUGCGAGAAGUCCUCCAAGGUCAUCACCUUCAUCGACCUGGCGGGCCACGAGAAGUACCUGAAGACCACCGUGUUCGGCAUGACCGGGCACCUCCCCGACUUCUGCAUGCUGAUGGUGGGCAGCAACGCUGGCAUCGUGGGCAUGACUAAGGAGCACCUGGGCCUGGCGCUGGCCCUCAACGUGCCCGUCUUUGUGGUGGUUACGAAGAUCGACAUGUGCCCGGCCAACAUCCUGCAAGAGACUCUGAAGUUGCUACAGAGGUUACUGAAGUCCCCGGGAUGCAGGAAGAUCCCUGUUCUGGUGCAGAACAAGGAUGAUGUCAUCAUCACUGCCUCCAACUUCAGCUCUGAGAGGAUGUGCCCCAUCUUCCAGAUCUCCAACGUUACAGGAGAGAACAUGGAUCUGCUGAAGAUGUUCCUCAACCUGCUCUCCUGCAGAACGUCAUACAGCGAUGACCAGCCGGCCGAGUUCCAGAUCGACGACACCUACUCUGUACCGGGUGUGGGCACCGUGGUGUCGGGGACUACUUUACGUGGAUUGAUACGACUGAACGACAUGAUGCUCCUCGGUCCCGAUCCGCUCGGGAACUUCCUCCCCAUCGCUGUCAAAUCCAUCCACCGCAAGAGGAUGCCGGUGAAGGAGGUCCGGGGGGGUCAGACGGCCUCCUUCGCCCUAAAAAAGAUCAAGCGCUCGUCCAUCCGCAAGGGCAUGGUGAUGGUCUCGCCCCGCCUCAGCCCGCAGGCAUCAUGGGAGUUUGAAGCUGAGAUUCUGGUGCUGCACCAUCCCACCACCAUCUCCCCCAGAUACCAGGCUAUGGUGCACUGUGGCAGCAUCAGGCAGACGGCCACCAUCUUGUCCAUGAACAGGGACUGCCUGCGCACGGGCGACAAGGCGGCGGUGCACUUCCGCUUCAUCAAGACGCCGGAGUACCUGCACGCCGACCAGCGGCUGGUGUUCCGCGAGGGCCGCACCAAGGCGGUGGGCACCAUCACCAAGCUGUUGCUGUCCGCCGGUCACCAGCCCUGCAACGCCAAGCCGCCGCAGAUGAAGAUGCAGUCCUCCAAGAGGGCCCCGCUCCGCUGGGAGGAGGGCUCUGCGCCGGCCAAUGAGGACGGGGCUCAGACGGCCCGCCCAGCCAGUCCACAUUUAGCACAGCUACAGACAGUAGGGGAGGAAGAGUCGCCGAGUAAAGACGGCAACAAAGAAAACAAGCCAAAGUCCGGCGGGGGCCGCAGGAGAGGGGGCCAGCGUCACAAAGGGAAGUCCUUAAACAGCUCCACGGCGACCCCUGCUGGUGGAGUGGGGGGGUGUUGAAGCGUCUCGGCUCAUCUGCGCUGCGUUUAAAGCAGCGGCUUAUGAGCUGCCCCCAUCCUCCCAAUGCCGGGCGUCCUUCAGCUCGCUCAGAAACUUCUAGAAGAACCUUUUCCCUCCGCCCUAAUGCAUAAUUCAGACCCCGUUACUUCCCGUGGUCACGUUUCCCUCACCUUUGACCAUCGGCUGGGCCCAGAGUGGACCGUUGAAGCUGUAAUGGACAUUUCUGAACUCAUUUCUUAGGCAUUCAGGGGGGGGGACUUGUUUCUGAAAUGAAAGAAGGAAAAAAAAAAAAAAAAAAAAAUGUUUUAAUUAAUUUUUUUAUUAUUAUUAUUAUUUUAAUAUGAAUUGCCGAUGAGUGCGCAAUCGGUCUCUUCCUGUGUGAAGACUCCUACGCUGUAGACAUCACUGUUGUUCAUCGAGGCAGGGCGUGCUGCAGAUCUCCAGACAUCGCUGGGCCGCUCGUAUCCAGAGAAACUCACUCGGCUGUUGUGUUCAGUUUAUUUUUAUUUUUAUGUUUAUUUUUUUUUGACGGCGUGCAGGUGCUGCAGCCAGUCCGAUGACGGCCCUUCCUCAUGGGGGAGCAGCAGCUGUGUGGCCUCCCUGGCUCUGGGUCCCCAGCCCGGGCUCCUAUAUAUCCACUAUACAGCUUCUGCUCCACAACUGCAUUUUAUUUUAUUUUAUUUUAUUUUAUUUUAUUUUAUUUUAUUUUAUUUUAUUUUUUCUUUUUUAAUUUUUUAUUUUAUUUUCUUUUAUGAAACGAAAUGAAAUCAAAUGAAAUGGCGAGGAACAGGGCCCGUGUCCGUGUCCGGGGUCGACGUUGAGUCCCCAUCCCUGAUGGCGCCGGGAGGCAGCGGAUUUGGGACGGUGCACAUGAGCCUGUGGAGGGCGCGCUGCCGUUCUUCUUAAGCGACACAAAAUGGCUGCCGGACAUGCACGCGCACGCACAGACACACACUCAGUCACACACGCGCACACACACACACACAGACACACACUCAGUCACAUACAGACACACACCCAUGCACGCGCAUACGCACAUACACACACACCCAUGCACAUGCAUACACACACACAGACACAUGCACACACACAUACAGACACACGCACGCACCCAUGCGUGCGCAUACACACAUACAGCCCCAUGCGUGCACGUACACACACACACACACACACACACACACACACACACACACACGCGCGCGCGCGCGCGUAUACACACGCACACCCCCAUGCGCGUGCAUACACACACACACACACACCCUUGCGUGCGCAUACACACCCAAUGUUUUUUUCUGAACUGCCUCUGCCUCUCUUGGUGAACCGCACCACGAUCAUUCACACUCAGCGGACAUCCAACCGCAACUCAGAACGGACCCCUCAGUUACUGAUAAAAGUUUUAGUUUAUUCACCCGAUACACUGACUGGCUCUGACUCUUACAGUAAUUACCGCAGCAUUACUAAUACAUACUUGAUUCAUAUUCAAUGACUGCGCAGCCUUCUUUUCCAGCUGAAUGCAUUUCUAAGUGACUAGUCUGGAUAUCUCAGCUAUGCUAAUGGAAGAAUUAAAUGAAAAUGUGCAGACAGUUGUGCCUUUUUUUUUAUUAUGGAGGCUGUUUUAAGUCAGAAUUAAUUUCAGUGCAAUUCUGACGCAGUAUUUUGGACCUGGAGGGGAAUAGUCCAAGAGCCGUUUUGUUUGACACUUUCUCCGGCGUAUUUUAAUAAACCUCCCUCAAUCAAGACUUCAUACGGCCCCGCCUGAUGAUGGUUAAGUUCACAGCGCUCACCGGACCGUGGAUGUUGGGCGAGUUGCGAGUUGAAUUGCAGUUCACAGGCCUCACUUCCUCAUCCAACCUGCGUAUUCCUGGUCACAGUCGGGGUGGGGCUGGUGGCUAUCCCAGUAUGCAUUGGGGUGCGGGGUGGGAAUACACCCUGAACAGAUUGCCCAUUCGUGGCCAUGCACACACACACACACACACACACACACACACACACACACACACACACACACACACACACACACACACACACACACACACACACACACACACACACACACACACACACACACACACACACACAC